CGUCCAUUUUACCGACCAGUUGGAGAGUCGCCUUCUGUCAAUAAGGUUCUUUUUCCGCAAGAAUUUAAUCAAGAUACAUUUUAUAUUAAAGUUGUUUUAUUUUGCUAGCCGGAAUAAAAAUGGUUUGUGAUAAGUUUUUAACAUUCAACAAUGGAGUUAAAAUGCCAGCACUUGGAAUUGGCACUUGGCAGGCACCCGAAAAAGAAGUCGAAGAAGCUCUUAAUUUAGCCCUUGAAGCUGGUUACCGUCAUAUUGAUUGCGCACCAGUUUACCUCAAUGAAGGUGUUAUUGGUCGAGUUCUUAAAUCAUGGAUUGAUUCUGGUAAAAUCACUCGAGAAGAGUUGUUUAUCACCACCAAACUGCCACCUCCAGCUCUCAUCCCGGAGGCAGUUGAAACCGUGUUGAAAAAAUCUCUAGCUGAUCUUCAGCUAGAGUAUGUUGAUUUAUAUUUGAUUCAUGUACCAUUUGGUAUUAAAUUUGAUGAAGCAAAGGGUGAAUUUAUUAAAGACGAUGGUGGAGUCGUUCCCGAUAUGACAACUGAUCAUGUAGCUGUUUGGAAGAGCAUGGAAGCUGUUUUGGAAAAAGGACUAACUAAAUCAAUUGGCGUUUCAAACUUUAACAUGAAACAAAUUCAACGAAUCUUGGAUAACUGUUCAGUUCAACCAGCAAAUCUUCAGAUCGAACAUCACGUAUAUUUGCAACAAAAGGAUCUUAUUAACUUCUGCAAAGCUAAAGGAAUCACCGUAACAGCAUAUGCUCCAUUGGGAUCAAAGGGCAUUGCAACCUUAAAUAAAGCUGCAGGCGUUGACCGACAGCUCCCUGAUCUAAUGGAUAUUGAAGAAGUUAAAAGUAUUGCUGCUGCACAUGGCAAAACUCCUGCCCAAAUACUUUUGCGAUGGAUCAUUGAACGUGGAUUGUCAGCAAUUCCAAAGAGUACCAAUCCAGAGCGUUUGAAGCAAAAUUUGAAUAUUUUCGAUUUUAAACUUAGCGCCGAGGAAGUUGAAAAAUUGAACGCAUUGGAUGCUAAUAUUCGUGUUUGCGAUUUUGCAUUUUUCAAAGGGGUUGAAAGACAUCCGGAAUUCCCAUUCGCAUCUUAAUCAGAUGGUACUUAAUCUCAGAAAUUUAUUUAUGUAACAACUCACAAUGAUAUUUAAAUAUAUUUACUAGCAUAACCACAA